AUACAAAGGAUUGACMACGGGAAACAGUGUAGUAUUUCAGACCGAACUUGAUCAACCAUUUUGAACUUAAAGUUAGAAAUAUUGGACCAAAAGUCAGUACAGAAAUAAAGACAACGUACUGAAAUGGCCACUGCUAACAUGCCAGCCAUUCAGCAYCCAAUGUCCCRUGUAGAGGAUCCAAUGAAUAUGAACAUUCGAGGUGUUUCGCGGGACGGAUCAAGAGCAGCUUCUCGACAAAGCCUCAACUUUGCUGCUGACCUUGAYGGACGSGGUAAAGUGAACGCGUUCAGGCCUCUAACAGCAGACCAAGUACCUUGGAGGCUAACAAAAUCUUCACAUGGCUAUGGCGGAAAUGAUAAAGGUUCCAAGGAGCGUGGAGUUUCUCUUGGAAACAUMCCCGAAGGUGUUGAAGUCAGACGGUCCGAUGACCCAAACAAACCAACAAUUCCUAUCUUUGGAAGUAGAGCAGACAUGGCGAGUCGAGCUGAGAGYCGGUUAUCAAGACUCAAUAGCGCUGCAUCAUCWCAUGGGCCUGAAAAAGCUACAGUUGACGAGCUUGAGAUGAUCCUGCGCGAGAAGAUGAWGACAGGAUACUUCCUGAUAAAAAAUUCAUUUAAACAAUUUGACCCAGAGGGAAAAGGCAUCGUCAGCAGAGAAUCAUUGUCACAGAUAAUCACUAACUUCAUUGGCAAGUCGGUCAGUCUAAGUCAGUUCAAUAAAUUGAUGGUCAGACUUCGGCUGGAUCAAAAGAAAAUGAUUGCAUAUGAUGAAUUUUACGCUUCAUUCCGACCACCAAAGAAGGCAGACCAAGGCCCAGCAUGGCUUGAACUGGAAAAACCAAACCUUAAAACCAUGUCAGCUGCACAAGUUCAUGCACAUCUCAAGGAGAAAGCAAAACAAAGGUUUCUAGACGUAGCUGAUUUAAUCCCGCAAAUGAAUCCGGGGGGCUCGGGAAGAAUUCUUCGUCCCGAACUUCGRAAUGUCCUAAACCAAUUGGGGUUCUACAUGGACGAAGACGAAUUCGAAAAACUUUGGCUGAAAUACGAUACGGAAAACGUCGGCACCAUCAAGGCAGAAAAACUUCUCGGAAAGCUUGGAAUUUCCAUGACACCUGGGGAAACCCGCGACGAACCGAGGUCCCCCCGUAAGCUGGAGGUUGAACGACGACAGCAGCUUGACGUGGAGAGAUGGCUGAAGAGGAAAUUCCGGGAGGGGUGUUCGGACAUGAAGCACGCUUUCUUGGAAGUGGAUGUAGAYCGCAYCGGCCGCGCAAGUAAAGACAAUUUUAGACGCGUUUUGAGCGAGUUUGGUUUAAAGUUGAGCUCUAACAAACAGCUGGAAGAUUUUCUAGCAAGAUGCAGUGUUUCACUAACGGAUGGUCAAGUUCCUUAUAAGGAGUUCUUACGUCGUUUUCAAGACAGAAGUGAAGGAGGCAUGGCACACAAGAUACUAGCAAAUCCCUUACAUAGAUAUCACCAUAGUGACCAAGGUAGUACAUUCUCAACAACCUCAGCAGUGGAAGCAAAAAUAAUGGAUCAUUUCCAAAAGGACUUUUUAGCACURCUCGGAACGUUUCAUAAUAUAGAUCGCAAAGAUGAAGGGCUGCUCACUCAACAGCAGUUCCGCGCUGCCAUAGAGGGCCGCUUUGAACUGGGAAUGAGUGACGRAGAAUAUGAGAAUUUUCUCAAGAAAGUACCGAUCAACAACGAAGGGAUGGUGAAAUACGUGGAAUUUAUGUCUAAAUUUGAUACUAUAGAUACCAAAAGUCUCUUYGAUCGAUCCAGCGUCAYCGAAACGAAUAUCYUAAAMAAUAUUGACGUAAGUCCACCAGCAUCACCAAGGAAACGCAACAGACCAGUAUAYACCGUGGACUCAUAUGACAGUAAAGAUGGACGUAGUGUUGAAGAUAUGAAAAAACUUAUCAAGAAAUUGUUAACCAAUAACUAUCAAGCAUUUGAAGAGGCGUUUUACGAGUUGGAUGAAUUCAAUAGUAAACGACUUACGCAGGAUAUGAUGAUCAAACUACUAAAAAGAUUUGGAGUGGACUUGAACCGUAAUGAAAUGAARCGUCUUUGGGAUACGUUUAUCAGAGAUCAAAGAGGCCAUCUUGAAUAUUUACAAUUCGUUCGCCAUUUUGGUUACUCACUCGAUUCUGCUGCUUUCCCSAAUGCAAAAGUCUCGCCACCAAAACGAGGCGAUAACGAUUUYAUGAUGAGAUCAAAUAAAUUGAAUAGCGCUGUCGACAUGUUGUUUGAACAACUCAAAUCUAAAGUUGACUUUUACUGGGAGAAACUCCGAGAAGAAUUCACGUCUAUUGAUACAAAGGGCAAAGGCCAUGUCACAAGAGAGGAAUUUAAGGACGUKAUUCAAGAUUUGUGUAUCGAAAUGACUGAUUACGAGUGCAGUCUUGUUUGUGAUAAAUUUGACCCAAAUAAGGAAAAUAAGGUUAACUACUUUAAAUUCUUGGAACCAUUUGCUCGAAGACGACGAACUUACAGACAAGGAAACAACAUGGUAGCAUGUCUCAAUCAUCCUCAAGCUGAAUUGCCAAUGGAUGACAUUGUCCCAAAUCCCAACAAAGGGCUGUCCGGCGUGACAUCAAAACUAAGACAAAAGUUGUCUGGCGAAUGGAAAAAUCUCCGAAGGGCAUUYCGCAAGCUUGACAUCCAUAACGACGGAUACCUAACAAUCCCAGAAUUCCGCUCAGUCCUAAGACUUUGUAACGCAGUACUUGACGAAGAUGAGAUUUAUCAUCUGCUGUCUGAGCUGGACAGCGGUCUGGAGGGGAAAGUCUCGUACCGAGACUUCUUGGCGAAAGUCUCGGCCUAGCAAAGUAUUUYAGAUUUAUUUUCGGCUGCUGUCGAGUCGGAGAGUGAUUUCUGAAGAGAAAACCUUGUUCAGGACMUUUUACCGAGCGGCUAUAAAUCCAUUAAUAUAAUAUACUCACAAAAGAUGUAUUGUCCGCUCUCAUAACUGGACAGCGGUUUCUCAGCGAGCGACUUUGUGAAUAAUGUUCCUGUCAAGUAAUGCAUUGUGCGCAAUUUUUUUAGACUAAGGCAAUGUCGAUUUUUUCUUUUUAAAUUUUGUCUGCAAUCAAAAGAAGACAGCGGUUUUUUUCAAGUAUAGCUUUUUGAAUAAUAACCCUGUCCAAUAAUGCAUUGCGCGCAAGUUCUUUAUUCAGAAUAUGGAAAUGUGUAUUAGUAUAUUACAUUCAUAAAAGUGUUAUCAAAUCUAAUUUAUAAGAAGUUACUCAAGUGAUGUAGAGUUUCCAUUUACUAAAAAGAAAAUAAAAGUCAAUAAACUGUGAAUA